UCGGAAGUUGCUUUGUUUUGCUUCAAGAUGGCUGCGGGGAUGUAUUUGGAACAUUACCUGGACAGGACAGGCUAAGGAGACGUCAAUGUUGGAAUUACCGGAAGGUAUAUGACAAGAUUUGGAAUCCUAAGAGGAAGAAAGUUACUCGAAGGAGAGAAGACGGUGUCAACUUCUGCAGAGGUAUUGAAAACCUCCCCUUUGAGUUGCAGAGAAACUUUCAGCUCAUGAGGGACCUAGACCAAAGAACAGAGGACCUGAAGGCUGAAAUUGACAAGUUGGCCACUGAGUAUAUGAGUAGCGCCCGCAGCCUGAGCUCCGAGGAAAAAUUGGCCCUUCUGAAACAGAUCCAGGAAGCCUAUGGCAAGUGCAAGGAAUUUGGUGAUGACAAGGUGCAGCUUGCCAUGCAGACCUAUGAGAUGGUGGACAAACACAUACGGCGGCUAGACACAGACCUGGCGCGUUUUGAGGCUGAUCUGAAGGAGAAACAGAUUGAGUCAAGUGACUAUGACAGCUCCUCCAGCAAAGGCAAAAAGAAAGGUCGGACUCAAAAGGAGAAAAAAGCUGCCCGUGCUCGCUCCAAAGGGAAAAACUCAGAUGAAGAAGCCCCCAAGGCUGCCCAGAAGAAAUUAAAGCUUGUGCGCACAAGUCCUGAGUAUGGGAUGCCCUCAGUGACCUUUGGCAGUGUCCACCCCUCUGAUGUGUUGGAUAUGCCUGUGGAUCCCAAUGAACCCACCUACUGCCUUUGUCACCAGGUUUCCUAUGGAGAAAUGAUUGGCUGUGACAACCCUGAUUGUUCCAUCGAGUGGUUCCACUUUGCGUGCGUGGGGCUGACAACCAAGCCUCGAGGGAAAUGGUUUUGCCCACGCUGCUCCCAAGAACGGAAGAAGAAAUAGAUAAGGCCUUGGAUUCCAACACAGUUUCUUCCAUGUCCCUUGACCUGGGCUAGUGGGGAGAGGAAUGCCUGUGCUGGGGUCAGGGGGUUCAGAGAGAAGUGGAUGGUACAGUAUUGUCAUCCUUUCUCCACCCCUCCCCCCACUCCUGGUGCUGAGGCUGCAUCCAUACCCUGGUAGGGAGGGGUGCUCCUGCCACUAACGGUAUGUGCUCUCAUUCAGCCCUCCCCCUUCAGGGGAAAGUGGUCUUGCCCACUCUCCUUUUGCCUCCAUGCUGAGGUUGGUGCUGUAUUUCAGAGGGGUGGUCCUCUUUAUUCUCCUUGCUUUGUAUUUAAGGACUGGAGCAGUAGCAUGGGGGCAUUCCACCGGCCCUCUAGCUUCCUCCCCCCACAAUGAGGGGGCUAUGGUGUGAUAAACUUUCUUCUCCAUUCUCUUCCUGCUUUUUCCAUGGUGCAGGCUCCCCAGAUCAUCUGGGUUGUGGCCCUAUUCGAAAGGACACCCCUUCCUCCAUGCCAAGGGGAUUCAUCCUGGCUUUAUGAAUGGGGGAGGGCAGGUGAUAUGCAGAUAACAAGUGUAAAGGAACUUGGGUAGGUGAAUAAAAGCUAUACAUGUUGGCCUGCUGUGUUUAAUAUACAUUCACUAUUUUACUAUAAUGUUCUAAGCAUUC